AUGGGGAUACCACAAGGAUGCGUCCUCAGACCCAUCUUUCACGCACGUGCGUUGUUCACGCACGACUGUCACCUCCCGCAAAGGCAAAAUCAUCCUAAAGGAGCCUACAGGAUGGAGGUUGCCAGUCUGCUGUCAUUGUGUGGGAACAAUAACCUCACCCCCAACACAGACAGCACAAUGGAGAUGACUGUAGGCUGCACCCAACUGGAUUCCAUGGGUACUGGCAUAAAUACCUGGAACACGCCAUCAAGCACCACCUCGGCCAGGAUCCCGAGGGUUGCCCCAUUGAACCUCAGGCUGUUAUUACUUCAAUGUAAUGAUUCUAAAUAUAUUCCUUUUAUUGUUGUAUCAGGUGAUGGAAACCCCAAAGAGAGCAGUCCUUUCAUCAACAGCAGCGCCGCUAGUGAUGCGGAGAAGAGCCAACAGUAUGACGGCAAGAACAUGGCCCUCUUUGAAGAGGAGAUGGACACCAGUCCCAUGGUGUCCUCUUUGCUCAGCAGCCUCGCCAACUACUCCAACCUGCCAACAGGGAGCAAAGAGCACGAGGAGGCUGAGAACAACGAGGAAGGAGCUCGUCCGUCUAAAAAACCAGUCAAGGCACCACAGCUGGGAACUCUGAUGGGUGUGUACUUGCCAUGCAUUCAGAAUAUUUUCGGUGUGAUCCUCUUCUUGCGAAUGACCUGGAUGGUCGGGAUCGGAGGCGUCUUUGGUUCCUUCAUAAUUGUCUUCAUGUGUUGCUCCACUACUAUGCUCACGGCCAUCUCCAUGAGUGCCAUUGCCACAAACGGAGUUGUUCCGGCUGGAGGUUCCUAUUACAUGAUCUCUCGCUCACUUGGGCCUGAGUUUGGUGGCGCUGUUGGGAUUUGUUUCUACUUGGGCACCACUUUUGCUGGCGCCAUGUACAUUCUUGGUUGCAUUGAAAUUCUGCUGAUUUACAUUGUUCCUCAGGCAGCCAUCUUCAAGAUCGAGGGCUUGGAAGGGUUGGAAGCAGAGGCUGCGCUUCUAAAUAAUAUGCGGGUGUACGGCACCAUAGUUCUAAGCUUCAUGGCUCUGGUGGUGUUUGUGGGGGUGAAAUAUGUCAACAAGCUGGCUCUGGUCUUCCUGGCCUGUGUCAUCCUCUCCAUCCUGGCUGUGUACGCAGGAGUCAUCAAGACCGCCAUUGACCCGCCGGUCUUCCCCGUGUGCCUCCUGGGAAAUCGAACUCUUGUCUCCAAAGGCUAUGACGUUUGUGCAAAGGUAAUUGAAAUCGACAACGGGACCAUCACUACCAAACUGUGGCGCUCUUUCUGUGAUUCUGAGUACCUCAAUGCCACUUGCGAUGACUACUUCAGUGACAACAACGUCACAGAGAUACAGGGCAUUCCAGGCGUCACUAGCGGAAUUCUUGCAGAAAAUCUGUUUGGCAAUUAUUUGGAAAAAGGGAUGAUUGUCGAGAAGAGAGGACUUGCAUCACAAGUGGACCCAGACAGUUCUCCCUCAACCACUAACCGCUUUGUGCUCGCAGACAUCACCAGCUUCUUCACGCUGCUGGUGGGAAUAUAUUUUCCAUCUGUCACAGGUAUAAUGGCAGGGUCCAACCGCUCAGGAGACCUACGCGAUGCUCAGAAGUCCAUCCCCAUCGGCACUAUAGCAGCCAUCACCACUACAUCUACUGUGUAUAUUUCAUGUGUGGUGCUCUUUGGUGCUUGUAUCGAGGGUGUUGUCCUAAGGGACAAGUUUGGUGAAGGGGUCAAUGGUAACCUGGUGAUUGGGACUCUGGCAUGGCCAUCUCCAUGGGUCAUUGUGUUUGGGUCAUUUUUCUCCACCUGUGGCGCGGGACUUCAGAGUCUGACUGGAGCUCCCCGUCUCCUGCAAGCUAUCUCAAGAGACGGUAUCAUCCCAUUCCUUCGAGUGUUUGGACAUGGUAAAGCAAAUGGGGAGCCCACCUGGGCCCUCCUGCUCACAGCUAGCAUUUGUGAGAUUGGAAUCAUCAUUGCCUCCUUGGAUGCUGUUGCACCCAUCCUCUCCAUGUUCUUCCUGAUGUGCUACAUGUUUGUUAACCUUGCCUGUGCACUGCAAACUUUACUGAGGACACCAAACUGGAGGCCACGCUUUAAAUUCUACCACUGGGCUUUAUCAUUCCUGGGUAUGAGUUUGUGCCUAUCACUUAUGUUCAUCUGUUCCUGGUAUUACGCCAUCGUUGCCAUGGGAAUUGCCACCUGCAUCUACAAAUACAUUGAAUUCUGUGGAGCUGAGAAAGAAUGGGGUGAUGGGAUACGCGGCAUCUCUCUGAGCGCUGCUCGAUUUGCUCUCAUGAGGUUGGAGGAGGGACCACCGCACACCAAGAACUGGAGGCCUCAGAUCCUGGUUCUGGUCAGUAUAGACGCCGAGCAGAACGUCGAGCAGCCUCGUCUGAUCUCUUUAACCAAUCAGCUGAAAGCAGGCAAGGGCCUCACUAUCGUUGGCACUUCUGUUCAAGGAAAGUUUCUCGACAACUAUACAGAGGCCCAAAGGGCAGACCAGUCUUUGCGGAAACUGAUGGAGACCGAGAAGGUGAAGGGCUUCUCUCAAGUGGUUGUAUCCUCUAAUCUGAGGGAUGGGACGUCCCACUUGAUCCAGGUUGGAGGACUGGGAGGUUUGAAGCACAACACUGUCAUGGUCAGCUGGCCACGUAACUGGAAACAGCCCGAGUUCCACCAACAAUUCCGAGACUUUAUUGAGGUGGUCAGAGAGACCACAGUGGCCAGUUUGGCCUUGUUGGUUCCCAAAAACAUCUCUAGCUACCCGUCCAACGGAGAACGCUUCACAGAAGGACACAUUGAUGUGUGGUGGAUUGUCCAUGAUGGAGGCAUGCUGAUGCUUCUGCCGUUCCUGCUGCGUCAGCAUAAAGUGUGGAGGAAGUGCAAGAUGCGCAUUUUCACUGUGGCCCAGUUGGAUGACAACAGCAUUCAGAUGAAAAAGGACGUCAUAACUUUUCUCUAUCACCUGCGUAUUGAUGCGCAGGUAGAAGUUGUGGAGAUGCACGACAGUGACAUCUCAGCCUACACGUACGAAAAGACACUGGUAAUGGAACAGCGCUCACAGAUCCUCAAGCAGAUGCAUCUGACUAAAAAUGAGAUGGAACGAGAAAUUCAGAGCAUAACAGAUUCAUCCCGCGGGUCCAUCCGACGUAAAAAGUCCUCUGCCUCGCGCUCACACCACAGCAUUGAGGAAGGACCCAGAGUUGCCGAACAACCGGAUGAAGAGUCUGUGGCUGUUUCCAACACAAAACAGGUCCAGCUCAUCCACAGUAAGAAUGCCUCGACACCUACCAGCCCGACCAGCCUCACUGCACCUGCCGGGGGUGGAAACACCUGGACAGACAAUAAGCCAGCUGACAAGGGGAAGAACCCGGAGGCGGGCAAAGACCCUUUCAGCAUGAAGCCGGAAUGGGAAAACUUGAACCAGACAGAUGUGAGGCGCAUGCACACAGCUUUGCGCCUCAAUGAAGUUAUCACAAAAAAGUCCAAGGAGGCAAAGCUCAUCCUUCUCAACAUGCCCGGCCCCCCAAAAAAUCGUAUGGGCGAAGAAAACUACAUGGAAUUCCUCGAGGUGCUCACUGAGGGUCUAAAUCGGGUUCUCCUCGUCCGCGGAGGAGGACGCGAGGUCAUAACCAUCUACUCCUGAAUAUAUUUUACCCUGUGGCUCUGCCCACAACUCCCACUGACUCCCACAAAACCUCCCUCAAGGAUCCCGUGCAGGAGUCUCCUUCCCAUUUCCCCAGUACUUCGCUAC